AAUCCAGACAAUAGCCACGCGUGUUCUCUUAACCAGCCCACGUUUCGUUUUGGUGUGUGUGACCUUGUUAUGUUCAUACCUCACACCCCUCCCAUGGUCCGUCUGUGAUCCGUGUUUUUAAUUGUAGACAGGUAUCUGUCAGAAGCGUUUUUUUUAAAUAAUAGGGUUUGGGGACGUCUGGUCAUUUUGCUUCGGAAUGUUUUGUGGGAAGGCAUUUGAGUUGGUUCCAUUUAUACUUGUCCGUCCAAACUGCUGAACAUUCCUAUAUGAUAUUACACUAUUUUUUGCACGUACGUUAUGGCGUUCCCUCUUCCCAAUAAUCCGUAUUUCUCAACAUCACCUCUGGCAGAUGUGGCUGAAUUCAGACAGAAUCUGGUUUCACGAAUUUUCGGAAGACCUCAGGACUAUGAUCUUUCGCUCGCAUCAUCCCAACCACCUGAACUACUUCGUAGAUCUGAUCUUGUAAAUCCCCAGAAAACUCUGUGUACACCUAACAAUUUAUUAAAUUCUCCAGGUUGGUUUCAGCAUGCUCUUGCAUCCAGUCUUCAAAUGGGUCUUUUGUCUCUACCACGGUACAUGCUCAAGGAUAUUUACUUACCACCUUUGCCUUCCCAACCUCUUAAUAUGAGGUUGCCCCGAGCUACAAACAUUCAUGCACCUUUUGAACCAUCAGUUCCCGAAGUAAAACCAAAGAUCACUAGUAAAUGUACAUCUCGACCAGAACAUUCUCGUUCCUCUUCAGUUAAUGAUUGUGAGAAUUUCUUUACUUGUCGCCAACCUACAGUUCGGCCUACAUUAAAAAGACAAUCAGAGAGACCAAAGACAAAUUGGGGUUCAAAUAGUGCAUCUAAUCCUCUUGCGUCAAUUGAAUCACAAGAUACGGGGAAUUUAGUUCCCAGUCUCAUUGACGGUGAAGUCAUAAUGGGAUUUAAUGUUUGGGGCGAAAAACGAUUAUGUUUACCACAUUUAUUUCGUUUUGUGCUACACGAUGUGGAUUUACAGAUCAUAGAUAAGGCAUGUACAAAGCUUCAAAUAGCAUGCACAACGUGUACCCCAGCUCAAUUAAGUCUGUUACAUUCACGCCAAAUACUUCCUCGUACUGUCGGUAGCUGUGGUCUAAUUCGUAAAAGCGAUGCAGAAAGGUUGACCAAGUAUAUUCGUCACCAAAAUAUGUGUCUGGAGGGAUCCAAUUGUGAAGAGAGUUCACCAUGUAAAUCUCCAGUUAAUCCCUGUAUUGGUGAAGAUGCUGAAAUUAAAACUACUAGUGGUAUGGGCUUUCUUAAGGACCAUCGACAACUGAGUCCUGUCUCAACUGACACUUCUAAAUCAACUAAAUCACUAGAUAAUGCGCAGUCAUCAGAUCGCUUAGAUUCCGGUCAUGAUGAAAACCAGCCUGAGAAUAAUUGUAAAAAUUCUGUGGAAUCUAGUGUUAUUCCAGUAAUACAUGAAUGUUUUGGACGACAAUUGGGAUUAAUAUAUCCGAAUAUGUAUAAGGAACCUUAUUCAAAAUGUAUCAAAUGUGUCACAUGUUGUCGAUAUUUUUCUCCUGAGCAGUUUGUUGGACAUACACAUACCGUCACUGAAGUCGAUAAUUUAAACCAUUGGGGUUUUGAUUCUACUAAUUGGCGGUGUUAUCUUCGUUUGUACACGGGUCGCCGGUUAAAUGUGAAUGUUAGUUCUAUUCUUUCCAAUAUUAAUACUAUGCGUGGUCAUGAAGCCGUUGCGAAAUCUAAUACCAAAGAACCUGUGGUUGCCGUGGACGCUCAUCGUCGACUGGAAGAAUUCAAAAUUAAGUUUGCACAGCCUAUUAAACUACCCCCAUCCUUAGGUGCAGCUUUACGAAGUGUAGGAUUAUGUGCAUCUGUGGCUCCAUUUCCUGCUGGUACAACUAACUCACAGCGUCCUCAAACUUCUGAAGCUUCCAUAUGUGAACAAAUCUCAGCCCUGAUACGAAAAACUAGUCAGUCGAAAACUCAUCAGUUCCUCCCUGUACGGCCAAAUAAAGCACUUGACCAGACAAUAAUCAGUACUUCAAGUAAUUCAGCCCCAAAUCAAUCUUCCCCUUCCAAUAUGAUACUGCCCCAACUAACACUGCGUCGUCUAUGGGCACCAAACGAUGGUCGAAUUAAGCUUCCACCUCCACCUAGGUUACUGACAAGCUGUGAGAUAAAAUCUCUACCAGAAAAGUUCCGUACUGGACCUCCAUUAUUAUUGCAUUCUCAUCGAGUUGUCACUCAAGAUGCUGCACAUCAAUAUGAUCGUGAUUUUAUACCAAAUGUUUGUCUGAAACCGUUCAAUGGGACUGAUAGUAAAAACAUUGCUAGGUCAUCAUCAAGUCGGAGACGUCGGCAUAGGCGUUCACUACGCAAGCAAAGUGAAGGAGAUUCUAUUCAGGACUCCAGAUCCCGUUCUUGCAGUGAAUAUAGCUCAGGUUCAAGAAGUAGUCGAACUCGAAGUUCUAGUACUAGCAGUACUUGUAGCAGUCGGUGUAGUUGCAAUAAAAAUACUGGGAAUUCCGAUGUUUCAGAUUUUCGAUGGAAUCAAAAUAAGCCAUCUUGCAAUUGUAAUCAUAAUUCUACGUUUCCUAAACACAGAACUUCUGAUGGGCUAAAAUCAUAUGAUUCUAUGUGUGUCAAGAAGAAUCCUUCCAAUUCAUGUUCACCUAGGUUACCUAGGGCACGUUCACUCAGCGGAAGUGUCAACAAAUUAAAAAGACUCCGAAGGACAUCUUCUUGUCCAGUGUUUUACUCCAUCCAACAAACAACCACUCUGAAUAACAUUGAGUGUUCUGAUGAUAAGCAUAAUAGAAGAAAGUUGACGAACCCAACAUCAACUUUUAAAGCAUAUCAAAAGAAAUCUGCCCCACCUCAAAUGGAUAAAAGUGGAAUUAAACAACGAUGUAAAGCAAUGGCUGCCGCACGUGCUGCACAAGGUGCAGCUAGUCGAACUGGCCCAGGGUUAUGGGCACGACAUUUUAUUAAUGUACAGAAUUCUAGUGGAGAUUCUAUGAAAUUACCAAAUGCUAGACGAUCUGCGCCUCAUGCAGUCGAUACUCAUAAUCCUUAUUCAAAUCCAAUGAAUAAUACCCCAGUAUUAGUGACAAAUCCAAUGAAAAAUAGUCUACCCGCCGCAGUUUUAGCUUUAGAAGCGAUUUGGGCAGAUUUAGUUCGACUUAUCAAUGAAUAUACAAUUGCAGUUGAAUCAAGAUCUGGUGUGGAUGCAGCACGUCAAAGACUGUUUGAGCAAUUCAUAUCUAUGCAAACAUGUUAUGCUACACAUAUAGCAUCAUUGAUGGAUGAAAAUCAAAAACUCCUUGAGAAGCUCACGCAAACUCAAGCUCAACUACUGCAUUGUCAGCCUCAAUUACAAGGCUUUGUUACAAAUAAUAAUAAUACGUCAAUACCAAUUAUGUCGAAUAAUGUGCCAAUUGCAUCAUCUCAACCACCACUUCUAUCGACAAUAACAACCUCAUCCACAUCAACAAUCUCUACUGGAAAUCAGAACCAAUUUCACCCUUUUGAUACAGAAUUAGAUAAUAGGUCUGGGUUCAAUAACAGAUCAGAUGAUAUAUUGAUUCACUCUGCUAUUCAAAAUAAUAAUAAUGCCAAUAAUUAUGACGGUAACAACAAUAACUUGUCUCGUUUAUCACGAAAUGAUUUUUCAUCGUUGAUUAUUGAUCCAACACGAAUUAUCUCUGUGAGUUUCAAUUUUAUUUCUUAUUCAAUGUUUGGGUGGAUAUGUAUUUCCUUAGCAGUUUCUGCUGACAAAUGAUUGACAGGCUUGUUUGAAGUUGACUGGACAACUACAUAUUACUCGGUGUGUACUUGAAUGCAUCGGAAAUCAUAAUAUACCGAUCCACUGAAAUCUAAGACAAUUUAGUGAUAAUGUCCUCAUCACAAAGGCAGAGCACUUUUAUUUUGAUCACCUUAGAGGGCGGUUUAGACGGGUAACUUGAAGUCCGAAAUUAUGCGGAAAGUUUUUCAGUACUUUCUACUGUCGACAAAUUCUUCAACCAGCUUUUACUAAGUCAAGUAAAAUAUUGGAUCAUAUGAAACACAGAAAUUUGUCACUUAAUAAACUCAAAUCAAUGAAUUCUGGCGAUGAGUCACAUUUGAGGAUUGCUUCUGCCAUGAAUACAACUGCUUCUAUUACUUCUAAUACACAUCAGAAACAUCAAUUCACUUCUAAUAAUUCUAUGAUUGACCCAGUCAAUUCAUCAUCUAGAUACUCAACUACCGCAUCAUCUAUGCUAUCUUCAAAUUUAAAGCGUAAAAUUGAUUCGUCAAAUAAUUUGGAUUUUGAUACUCAUCGUUCAAUGUCAUCAUCUUCACUGCCUGGUGUUCAGGAUCGUUUAGAUUCUAACGUUUGUCCUGAAACUCUGCAAUCAUCCAGUAAUCCAAGUCCUCUAGAAGGUGGACGUAGUCAUAGUUCAUCUACCCCGACAGCUUCCGAAACAGAUAGUUUCACAAGGGAUCCCGUUGAUGAUCCAAGUGAAGAGAUAAAUCACUUAGAAUUUCAAAAUCCAAAUCCUCGUAUAAACAUUGAAGGUGAUACAAAUGAGUCAAGUAUAUGGAAAAAAGCUUUGCCAACGUUAGAUAAAUCUCCAAUCUUAUGGGAUCAACAUCAGAACCCUGUCAGAAAUCUUAGCGAUUUAACUGCUAAUUGUAUGGGUAAACAUCGUGACACAUCACUACUAGAUACAACACCACCUAAUCAGACUAUUUAUUCACAUCAACCAAAAAAGCGGCGUACAUUGAAUAGUCAUAUAUCUGCCGCUGCAAACAGCAACAUUAAUAAUGGUAAUAGUAAUAAUAAAUGUAACAAAUAAACUGCUCACGCACACUUUUUUCCUCUAUCAUUAAGACAACUUUGUAUCUUCCUCAUUUACACACGCACAUGCACUAUUAUGUGGCUGAAUUUUUGUUAUAACACAUGUGCAUAGAAUUUCACAAAAGAUGACCACUUAUCAUGACAAUAACAAAACACUUUCGACUGAGAUAUUUCCCGCCUCCCCUUCUAACUGAUCACACGCACACAGAUGCACUCAAAUUUAUGCGUGUUUUACUGGAAUUAUUUCCUAUUUUCUUUUUCAUAUCUAUUCAUCUUUGAGAAACAAAACUGCCAUAUUAUUAUGUACUAAAAAAGCUACUCUCUAUCCAUUCACUGUCUGCGUCUGUGUGUGUAAGAGAGAAAUAUGAAUGGGAUGCAAAAUUCUUAGAAAAGAUUAUCUUCAUUUUUAUUGCUUGUUUCCUCCUUUUACACUGUGAUCCUACUUUUGUGAUUAUUUAAAUAGUGAAAUAAAAGAGCGAGGAAUAAGUUCUGACCUGAUCUAGCAUUUUUUUUUUCAAUAAAAGACAAAUGUAAAGAAUAAUGAAGUAGAAAAUGGUUGUACACAUAAUUCCUCAACAUUUUAAUAAUGUAAAUUUGUGUGCAAAAAUGUAAGCUGAUCGCCUCUCAAAUUCUUCAGUGGCAUAUUACUAACUGGUAUCCUUAACACAGCAACCACUGCUACCAAGAAUUAAGAACUUGUUUUCUGUUUGAAUAUUUUAUUCGCUUAUAUUGUGCGUGCGUGCGUAUGUGUAUAGAUGAUUUAUUUUCUCUUCUUAAUAUUUACCUUUAUGUUUUCCCCCUUUCUCUUCAUUUCUUGUCCUUUAUUAUCUCAGAUCCUCAUUCUGAACUAUUGCAAUUGGUUUAUCUUCUGCACACACACAGACAUGCUCCUUGAUUGAAACUCACAUAAGGCGGUUGUUAACUCUCCUAGUUAUCAUUUCUAUUGUAUUGCCAUUAUUUUCUCAAGGAAAUGUUUUUUUUGUUCUAAAAACACAAGCUCAGAUGGAUUAUAUUGUUAUAUUAAUAUUAAUAUUAUUAUUAUAGUGCAUUUCGUUGAAGUCAAGUUUUUUUUAAUCCUCUUAGUGUUUAUACCCUUCUACUUUGCGCCACUUCAUUACGUCAAUUUAAUUUUAAAUUUCUAUAGUUUUCUUCGAAUUCCCUCAUCAUCAAAUAUUCCUGUUUUUUAAUACUUAUUUUAAUAGUUAUUCAAUAAGUAGGUAAUUUAAUAUUAUUUCAUACUGUUAUCAUUAAUAUAAAUGAACUGUACAUCGUAAUAGUCACUUAUAUUUGUGUAUAUAUAUACAUCUAUGUGUGCGUUAUUUCUAUUUGUUAGAUUAUUAUUCAAUGACCUUUUUGGGAUAACAUUAUGAAAAUCAUCUUUUUAGCAUGUGUUUUCUUUUAGUCCCACUCCAUAUCCCUAUUUCCAAGUAAACAUAACUAGAGUUACCACCACUACAACUACUACUACUACUACGAAUACCACUAUUGAAACUACUCAGAAUUUCACAACACAUAAAUCUUUAUUGCCACAUCAGUUUUAUUCUAUAGUGGUUCAAAUGUAAGUACUUGUUAUUAUCAUCUCUCUCUCUGUAUUCAUUCCUACGGUUUGUCUUACAGAUUCUUCAGAAUUCUACCGUCAACUUAUUCUGUUCUUCUCUGGUCCACACACUUCUAGAUUCUACUAUCAAAUAUGACAGAUAUAAUAUGCCAAUAUAUUUAUGUAACCAUAUUUGUUUCGUUUUAGAGGGCUCGGAUUUCUUAUUGUCUACCCGUUUUAUUGAUUAAAGAUUAUGUGCGCGCCUACAAACAGCUGUUAUUUAUUAUUAUCAUCAUUAUCAUUAAUACCAGUGUAGACGUUAUUUCUAAAUAUUAUUACUUAUUAAUUCAGACUUUGAGUUUGUUCAUUCUUUUAUUCACUGAGUAAUAUCAGAGGAUUGGUUGUUUUGUUUUUCCUUUUUGGUGGUUUAAUGUUUGUAUCCUGUUUCUUAUUUUCAUUCUUUUCAUCCAUUGAACCAACACUCGACACUGCUGUCCACUGUCAAUUAUUAUCAAUUAUAAACAUUUUUCAAAUUGACCAAGAGGUGUACAUGUAUAAAUAUACAUCAUGUCCACUAUUAUCCAAUUUUCUCUUUUGUUACUUCAUUGAGCAAACAUGAGUUCUCGUUUUUUGUUUGUUGUUCUGUUCCAUUCAGUCUUGUCUCCUGAUUGGUUCACAACUGCUUUGCCUCUUUUCCUAAUAGUAGUAAUAUUAAUAAUAGUAGAGGUUGAAACCCUCACUACUCCUGUACUCCCACCAUUGUGAUUAUUAUUGUUGCCACCCAUGUGUUUGUUAGCUAUCAAUAAAUUUCAUUCUCAUUAUUGUUAUCAUAGUUAUUUCCUUGUUGUCAUUUUGAUAUGAAAUAAAAAAAGUCCAUUGGUGAAUGGCAUAUCCUGUUUAGAUUUUAUUCAAUGAACGUUUUAAAUUAACUUGUCCUGUAACUAUCACAUACACAACCAACUUAUAUACAAUUUUCUGUCUGUCCCCAUUUUUAAAAAUAGAAUUCCUCCUUGGUUUAUUUGUUUGAUUCAUUCGGUUGGUCAAUGAAUCAAUUGAUUUAUUGGUUUGUAUACUAAAUAUUAAUUAUGGUGAUCUAUCUAUACAAACAUCAGUUUGUAAAAUUCUUAUUGCGUGUUACUUGUUUUAUUUGUUUGUUUUUCUGGGGGGGGUCCACUCCGUUUUUUUUGUUCUUUUGAGAUUUGAUUUAGUAAAUUUACCUAAUAUUCUCGUUCUGUAAAUGACUUUUUCAAUUAUAUUCAGAGGUUAGAUUAAGAAAUGUUGCUGACUAUUAAUUAGUGAUAUUAGGUGUAAAGUCAAGAACCAACAUGGUAUUCCACAGUCAUUCCAUACUGUAAGCAUAUCACUUAUAAGGUUAUUUCGACGUUCGGUUUAGAUGUUAUCUAGCGUUCGAAAAUCCAGUUUAAAUAUAGAUUACCGUAUUAAUAUUUUCUUCUUUUGCACAGUUACACCAAAAAAUUACCUUAUAACCUUUUAAUAUUUUUUAAUACCCAGAGAAACGCGUAAGCAAAAUUUUCUGCUGAGUAA